CGGUUUUCGAAAAAAGCGGUCACGGGAGGAAAUACAGCUGAUUUUAUAGGAGUGUGUGUUAUGAAUAAGAAAAUAGCGCACUGACACACACACACACACACACCCCGAUACACACACUUCUACACUUACUCUGUGGAGGUUCUCCGAGUUUCUGCGCUGUUUUAUUGGAUUAAAGUGACGGAUUUGGUGAAACUUUAAUCUCUGUGUUGGUUCCUGUCAGGGUUUGAGCUUCACACUUCCACAGCGCUGGUGACAACAGGCUUCACAUCUCUUUUCUUCAUCAUGGCUCCUAAUCCAGAGAUCUCCUACCUGGACCGUGUGGUCAUGGAGAUCAUGGAGACAGAACACACUUAUGUCCGAGAUCUGCACAGCAUUGUGGAGGGCUACCUCGCUCACAUAAUAGACACUGCAGAUUUACCCAUCAUACCUGAACAGGUGUGUGCUCUGUUCGGAAACAUUGAGGUCAUCUACGAGUUCAACAGUGAACUUUUACAGGAGUUGGAUUUGUGUAAAAAUGACCCGGUGGCCAUCGCCAGGUGUUUCGUACUAAAGAGAGAUUAUUUUGAGAUCUACACACAGUACUGCACCAACUACCCAAAUUCGGUUGCUGCAUUAACUGAAUGUAUGAGAAAUAAAACACUGCUGAAGUUUUUCAUGGAGAGACAGGAAGCUCUGAAACACCCACUUCCUCUGGGCUCAUACCUUCUCAAACCUGUACAGAGGAUACUGAAAUAUCAUCUACUCUUACAGGAAAUAGCAAAGCACUUUGAUCCUGAUGAAGAUGGUUACGAUGUGGUGGAGGACGCCAUUAACACCAUGACUGAAGUCGCCUGGUACAUAAACACCAUGAAGAGAAAACAUGAACAUGCAGUCCGUCUACAGGAAGUGCAGUCUUUACUGAUUGACUGGCGCGGUCCUGACUUAACCACAUACGGGGAACUGGUUCUGGAGGGAACCUUUCGCUUUCACCACACAAAAAACAACAGAACCCUCUUCCUGUUUGAGCGGGUUCUACUCAUAACCAAACGACGUGGAGAGAACUUCAUCUACAAAACACACAUCUCUUGUUCGACACUGAUGCUUAUGGAGGGAGCAAAGGACUCGCUGUGUUUCAGCGUCACACACUACAAGAACCCAAAACAACCCCACACAGUACAGGCCAAGACAAUGGAGGAAAAGAAACUCUGGACUCACCACAUUAAACGCUUGAUUAUAGAGAAUCAUCACACCACCAUUCCUCAGAAGGCUAAAGAGGUCAUUUUAGAAAUGGACCCAAUGUAUCAAAAGUACAGAUUUAACUCUGAGAGGAAAAAGAAAGCGCAGUCUGAUGAUUUCACACAUACUCGCCAGUCAGAAUUAACCAAACAGAUGAUGAAAAACGACAAACCCAUGCUUAAGCACUCGGUCAGUGAAGGAGAACUGAGAGAAAACCUUAUCACACUGAGCUCCACCUCAGGCGAGUCUCAGGCUCAGAGUGAGGAGGACAGGCGGCUGUGUAGCGCUAACACCGAUGAUGCUACACACUGUGAGCUUCAGGAUGAGGAAGAGGAAGAGACCGGAAGCCAGUCAGAUGAUGUGGUAAUGGAGGAUUUUAGCAACUCCAUGAUUUCCUGUUGGAGUUUCAGGGCUAAAGCUCUGCUGCAGCUCGACAUGGAUGAAGAGUGGCAAGGACAUGGAGACACCCGACUGUCACAGCAGGAGGAGAGACAGGUGUGUGAGGAUACAAAAAUGAGUAAGAAGUCACAGAGCAUCUCACAGUUCCAGAACAUCAGAGCAGAGCUUGGAUCGGAAAAGGGACUGAAGUCCAUGUCUGAUUGUGAACUCGCCCAGAUCAGACACAGUGUUUAUCAUGUAAGUGCUGUGGAGAGAUCUGACCAGUACAAAGUCAAAGAAGUGCUGAAUCAGGAUGGACAGUCUUCAGAAGAGGAAGUGGAGGAGGACUGUGCAGAAAGUCAGAAUCACUCCAUCCUUCCAUCAUCUGUUCUUGAUAAAGCCAGUGUCAUCGCCGAACAUUUUAUCGCAAACACUCGGCGCAGUAGUGCAGCACCAGAUGAGCUUCGGUCUCCUCAUCGAAUUCAGCAGGAAGUAACUUCAAGCAAAAACACAGUGCCUAAUUCUACCCUCCUGUCCCCAAGAGAGGAGAUGAUGUCUGGAUCAGAUCGACAUGUUUGUAGACAAAGAGAUUCUACUCUGUCCAAAAAAGAACAGCUUCUGAUUGAUAAGAUCAGGAACUACUAUGAGAAUGCUGAGCAGAACGAUGUCGGUUUCAGCCUAAAGCGAAGAGAGAGUCUGACCUACAUCCCCAGUGGGUUAGUGCGCACUUCUGUCAGCCGCUUCAACAAAAUCCCUCACACUGCCCAGACUAAACCUCCAAACACAGAAACAAUGUUAGUGACCUCAUCACCUGCAAGUUCUGACAUCAUCACAAAACCUGAUGAGCUCAGAGAUGUGUUCAGCACAGAGGUUGAUAGCUCUGCAAGUCAAAAAUCAGAAGAGGUUCCAGAGGAAGGUUUCCGUUCAUCAGCUGAGAUGAUUAAAGUUUGGCAGGAAAUGGAGAAAGAGGUCACAAGCUCGCUGAGAGAAAAUCAGUUCAGAGAUUUUUCACGAGUCAGAGGAACACAUUCAGGUUCCCAAAAUAGAAGAAGAGAAGGUCAAGUUGGAGAACUUUUCACUAUUGAAGAUCUCAGCACUAUUACAGAGGAAUCACCAGUCAAGGGUAAAGAAGAUGAAAAGGAAAAAGAGUCAACAGAAAAUGCAGUCUCAAGCCUGACAAAGAAGUUCAGCCAGCAAUGGAGCGGAGAAACGAGUAAUCAGUGGAGGAGACGAGCCUCAGAGACGACCAUAAACACCGUUAAUAAAAGAAAUACACCAUCCAACACUGACGAAGAGACCAAAAAAAGCCUCAAAGGAAAACCAAACCUGGCACUGUCACUGACAGCAUGUGUCCAGACAACACAAGAUGUACAACAGACACACACUUCCUCCUCCAGUGAUAUGACAGUUUUAUCUCCAGAGCCUUCACACUCGAAAAGCCCCAUACCAUUUGAGGGUUUUCUCUGGCCUAAUGUAAGCAAGCUGCGUUCCAUAUACAGCUCUGUGGAGUGCGCUCCUCUCACAUCGCCUACUUCUGGUGCAGGCACGCUCAGUCCAGGCUACGAAACAGACUACAAAAUGUCUCGGAUUCACCGAGCCGGCUCUCUGGAUCAGAAAUCGGUCGGCUUCAGCUGGACUAAUUUACAGAACAGGAAGGUGAAUAGCGAUUACUGUGUCUCAGCACAGACAACAUUACCCAACAACAGGACCAUUGCUGUACUGGAAAAAGUCAAGACACCAGCACAUCCCAGCCAGUUACAAAAUACUGUCCAGAGUCUGUCCCCAACAUCUCGGGAGAAAACAUCCCUGCUGUUUGUGACUGAAAGCUGCCGACUGUUUGAGGAUCGGGACGAGGCAGCGUUCAUAACAAAACCAGAAACCAGAAACAGAGACAAUAAAACUGAUAAACACUGCAACGCCACACAGCAGGGUGUCGUCAAAAACCUUUGUGAAAAAUUUCUUAAUCUUAGUUAAGUGAAGAGUAAAUGAUGUAUAUUCAUGUAGAGUUAAUGAUGAAGUGUACUGUGUAGGGAGGAUGGAGGUGUUUGGGAUACUGCGCUAGUAAUUACUUAUCUUAUAUAAAUAUGACACAUAAUCCAGACCAGUGACCGAGAAACCAAAAUAAAGUGCAGUACUGCAUGGUCAAGCCUCUGGAACAGCUUCAGGUCACUUAGUGAAACUUUAUACUGGAUCGAUGGCAAUUUCUUUUCUAAAAAUGAAUCUUUUCUAUCUGAAAAGACCUGGUGUGUCUGCAGGAUUUUGUUUCAGCUAAAAAGGAGGCACACAGAUAAAUAAAGACCAAGAUGAAGUGAUUAAGCAGAGAGGAGUGACUUCUGCUUACCUUUUUUUUGGAUAAGAUUGAAGAUUUCUUAUUUAAAACCCAUCAUUAAUGUGGUGUUGCUGAUGGAGGUGAAGAGCACCGACUGAGCACCACAUCGCUCCGGUGUUCAGGUGGGCUGAGGUGUGGUCAGUGUAAAGGCUACAGCAUGUGAUUUAUAUCAUUGUUAUCUUAUCAAACUGUUCAUUGAGCCUUUGUACCCUGUGGAUGGAGAAGGAGACCACACCUAUCUGGAUAGGGAUGUUUUAUCAUGAGGUGAAGGAGAAAAGCUCUAUCUGAACCCUGACCCUAUGACUGGUCUGCAUUUGAGUGGAGAAAAAACAUGACAAAGGU